AUGCCGUGGAACAGGGUGUCAUUAAUGAGAAACUCACUAGGGUUGAUGGGAUAUCUGAGAUACCUUGGACUCUUGGGCUUGUUGAUUUUCGAUGGAAUUUCAGAAGUGGAAGCUGUCCCGACCAAGAAGAGCUUGACGGUUCUCUCUUCUACUCAGGUGGCGGCUUUUACCAUCCCAGCGUAUUUCGCCUCAGCAUCAUAUUGUUCACCGGAUAGUAUAACCUCUUGGUCUUGUGGCGACGCAUGCGAAAAUCUAGCAAAACCUACCAUACUUCUCACGGGGGGUGAUGCGGAGGAAAAUCCUCGAUAUUUCGUAGCUAGUACCUCUACUCAAACAUUGGUAGCUAUAUCAGGAACAAAUCCUGCCUCUCCGGAAUCCAUCGGUAUCGACAUUGAUUUCCCUUUUAUCGAUGUUGAUCCGAACAUGUUUCCCGGAGGAGAGGGGUUACAAGUGCAUCAAGGAUUCUACGGGGCUUUUGAGAGGAUGGUAGGGGCUAUAGCUCCCGUUGUUCAAGCCGCCGGAGGAGGAAAUGUGUUGGUUGUGGGACAUUCUCUGGGCGCGACUCGGAAAGUCGAAAAUCAAAGUAAAAUCAAAGUCACGUUGGUAUUGAUUGGAAGAUAUGAUAAGACUGUCGCUAAAAGUCUAGGCGGAGCUUUGACCUUGUUGAUGGCAACUCAUCUACAACAUCUUUUAGGAAGUAACGUGACUGUGGAAGCGAUCGCUUUUGCCGCUCCUAGGGUUGGUAAUCAAGCAUGGGCCAAUUAUGUAGAUUCCACACUGGGUACACGCGCACAACAUCUGAUCAACUUCAACGAUGACGUCCCUCAUGUACCUCCUCGUCCUUGGCAUUUCAGACAAUCUUCCGGUGAAAUUUGGAUUUCAGAAGAUGGAAAAACGUACGUUUCAUGUGAUGGACAAGAGAAUAUACAUUGUUCCGAUUCACUAGAAACGCCUUUGGGGGAAUUAGCUUUGGUGGCUAGUUUCUUGGAUGGGUUGGACCUCCCUCGACAUUUAGGACCGUAUUCGGGUGUGACUAAGGAUAAGAAAUCAAACAUGUCGAACAUCUCACAUGCCGCAGCUAUUGACGAAGCUCAAGUUCAACCAAUAGUAGCGGAUCAUCCUUAUCCUAAUGUUCCUGCGACUGGUGAACCUCAACAAGCUGCUACCGCUCCUGGAACAGGGACGAACAUUUCGGAUUCAUCCGUUCCCGAAAAGAUCCCUUUUAAAGAACAGGUCAAUGGUUACGCUAAGAAAUUCGCUGGGAAAACAUUCCGGAAUCCCGAAGAAAAAGAAUUCGGUGAGAAGAAAUUGAAAGUAAAUCCUUUAGUUUCAGUAUCAAAUUCAAGAUGGAUAUUUUUCAUAGACAAAAUCCAUCAGAGUGUCCAGUUUUUCGAAGCAGGAGUGAAAGCACUCGUAGUAUGA